AUGUCUAACUCAGAUCGCAUGAUGACGCCCCCAAGCACUCCGGGGCCGUCGACGAACGCUCGUGCCUCCCCGUCCUCCUCGCGUACCCCACCCCCUAAAUUGCGCCUGAAGGAUAAGGAAACAACGCCAUCGCGGCUCGCUCACCUCGUUCUCAAUCUCCUGUUUCCGGACAACAGCGCCUUCGUCUUCAGCGAAGAAGACGAGGCGGAGUUCAGGUGGUACAGCCAACAUAACCGAGACCUUCAGGAGCGGAGGGCUAGACUCGAACGCGAGACGACAGAAGACGAUCCUGCGCUUGCGAAUACGAGCCAGUCCGUGCACAUGGGCGCGCGUCCCGCGGAAGUCGCUCAAGACAUGUACAACAGGCCUCCGGUCCGACGUACACCGCUUCUUCGUCGCCCGCUUCACCGCAGAUACAGAUCAAAGGGCGGGGCGGGGCGUGAAGCAACUGGCCUUGCGUUGCCUUCCCUCGGGCGCAUCGACGAGGUUGGGGAGGACGAGGAUGCGCGGGAUGGGACUGUCUCCAGCGACGACGGAAAGACGAUCCAAACCGCCUCCGAGGACGUUACAUCUAGGGGGUCGCCGGCGUCCGACGGAGCUCCUCGCGCGGAUGCGCCACGACGUCCGCGGUAG